GAUCACCUGUCGGUGGGAUCUGUUGUGAACUCUUGUGUCGACUUUCGUCACCAAACCAUCGAUUGCGUUGAAUCUGAAGAGAUAUUUAUAGCUAUAUUGCUAUUGAGUGACGAAUACAGCGGUCGUCAUGUCUAUAAAGCCUAAGAUCUACAGCCUCUCGACACUCCUGUCGUCGCCAACCCCUCCCUGGAUUCACGUCAUUAGGGAUCCCCUGAAGAGACAACUCAAGAAUGAGCUCAAACUCGUGAGCCUUAAGUCCGUGAAGAGAGUGGACGUCCGAUUCGAUCCCUUCCACCCAAACGUGUCGUCCAUUAGACAAUUCUUGACAGCAAUCAGUGAACCGAAAAUCAGGGCAACGAAUCCCAAGUGUGGUCUUAAGAGUGAUAUUGUCUGCAAACGCGAAGAGCCAACCAUUACUGUAUCGCUGGAAAGUGGUAAACGAAUCAUAUUUAAGACGAGUUUAUUGUCGACCCUUGAAAUCGCCGAAAACUACAAUCAAAUACUCAACCGAUUGACACAAAGCGACAGAAGCGAGACAUAAAGUGCAGGAAUUGGAGGUUUGGUGUGUGAGGACAUGUCUAAACACGGCGGACAUAAUGUCAACCAUUUGGCCACUGAUAUGAGUUUGUUGCAAAAACUCUACCACAAGAUCCCGGCCUUUGACGAGCUCUUCGACGAGCAAACCUUCUAUGUCUUUGCCCUCCUCUUCACCCUCUCCUCCAUUCUGUUCGUUAUAAUUAUCUCGCGUUUCGUGAAACUAAAAGAAGUCAACUAUUAGUUAGUCAUUAGAUUUAUUACCAUUUGAUUAUCUGUUUGUCAUUUUGUAGUUAUAUUUAAUUGUCAUUAAUUGUGUUUUGAAUAAAAAACGCGUCAAUUUAAUUGAGUGUCAUUUCCGGUGAGACAGUAGUUAUUUGGUGUUAAAGACCGGUGCUAUGUGUGUGUGUGUGUGUGCGGGUCGGGUGUGUACUGUAUUUCAGUGUUUGUUUAAACACUUUUUUUGUUGAAUUAUUAAUUAUUAAUACUUAUUUUGUUUAAUUAAUACCG